CUUGCGUUACUGAUACACGCGUCACCCGCAGAGGUCAAUAACCCCCGGUCGCCGCUUUACAUACCAAAUGUGUUUACCGUGAUAUUUUACACAAAACGAAUGCAUUUUCGUAAUAUUUUUAAUGUAAAAGUGUUUUAAAUUGGGUAUUUUUAAAGGUCACCAUGGAAGCGUUUCGUUUGGGGACCACGCUACGUUUCGCCAGCCGUGGGAAAAGAUUAAUUACUAGUCAAAGUGCAUCACCCCGACCGUUACAAUUUACUCCCGUGGCGAUGGUGGGGAUGGCCCGCGGUGUGCACACACAGACAGUCUACGAGAACAUGGCGUACAUCAGCAACGACAAGGUCAAACUAAAAGCUGACCCUAAAACUAUGAAAUUGAACGAGAAAAUAGACAAGCCACUAUGUAUAAUCAUGAAUUGGAUGAUGGCCAAGCCGAACCACGUUAAGAAGUAUGCGCAGUUGUAUCUGGACCACGACUUCGAUGUGCUCUCCGUGACCUGCACUCCUUGGCAGCUCAUGUGGCCGGCGAAAGGAACCCAAGUACUAACGGAAAAGCUGCUGCGGUUUAUGGAGGUGAACAGUCAGAACCCGCUGACGGUGCACGGGUUCUCAGUCGGCGCCUACGUAUGGGCUGAGCUGCUGGUCCACGCUGUUAAUGAUAAAAAACGAUUCCAGCCAGUAUUAGACCGUGUGGCGUGCCAGGUGUUUGACUCCGGUGCAGACAUCCAUGAGAUACCGGUCGGCUUCCCCAGCGCCGUGUUCCCACGCAACAAAUUCUUACAGGAAUUGUUUAGGACUUAUAUUAAAACUCACAUGAAGGUGUUUCAUAACGUAGCGACGAAACAUUACAUGAAGGCUACCGACGUGUUCCAUCACACUCCCUGCAGGGCGCCGGGGCUGUUCCUCGUCUCUAAGACUGACCUCGUAGGAGCUGAGAAGAGGAGCCGAAGCGUCCACGACUCUUGGGUCAGGAGUGGAAUUAAGUGUAACUUCAAAUGCUGGGACAAGUCUCCUCACGUGCUCCACUACAUCCACCACCCUCAAGAGUACAAGCAGGCGUUGUACUCGCACAUGAAAGAAUGUGGUUUACUCAAAGACAAGUCAUAGACUAUGUGUCCCAGUAUGGCCGAUGCACGAUACGGAGCCGCGGAAGACAACGAGUUGCCGGGGCUCCGGCUCGAAGACCGCUUCGCGUCGCGUCGCUCGCGCCGCGAUGGCGUCCGGCGCUCUGAUUGGUUGGUUCAUUGGAGCCAGCCAAUCACAACGUAGAACGCAUACUCGUUACGAUUACU